AUGUCGGGAGUGUGGGUGUUCAAGAAUGGUGUAGUUAGGCUAGUUGAGAAUCCUGGAGCUGAGACGAACUUUGUGAACACAAAGCGAAAGGUUCUGGUUUACACUCCAAGCAACGAAGUCAUAACCUCUUACUCACAUCUCCAACGACAUCUCUACGCACUUGGCUGGGAACGUUACUACGAGGAGCCUCAUCUCCUUCAGUUCCACAAAGCAUCCACCGUUCAUCUCAUCUCACUUCCUACUGAUUUCUCCAGAUUCAAGUUGAUGCACAUGUACGACAUUGUCGUCAAGAACCGUAACAUGUUCCAAGUCAGGGAUAUGUAA